UCGACUCUCGUCCUUCCGUUCAGUACCUUUGAGUGGAAGCGCGCACCACUGUCGACCAUGAGCGGCGCCCCAGCGGAGCCCUCGCCCGCAGUCAUGGCUCGGGACGCCGCACCUUCGAGCGGCUGGCUGACCGGAUGCUGCCUGCCCUGCGUCGCCUCUCCGUUUCUGGACGCCGCCCUCCUCCUCGCGCCCGUCUGCUGCGGUCUCUCAAGCUACCUCGGCAUGGAGAGGACGCAGGCUGCAAAUCACAACGACCUCGCCCUCUGGUCGCUCCAGCACCCCGGCCGAGGCGCGGGCUGCCCCUGGUACUGCGGCUUCGGCUGCGGCCUCCCCAUCGGCGCAGUCUUCCGCUGGUGGACCUACCUCGACGGCUCCAUCCCGCUGACUGUCAAUGUCGAGUACGGUCUCUUUGCUCGCUCCAACGGGAGGACGCCCUACCUGCGGCGAGAGGCCUGGUUCGGAAAGUAUUUUGGCUUCACGGGCAAGCUGACCCUCGCCGACGGCGAUCGCAUGGACGCGAUGCUCGAGGGCGCGAUGGACCGCGGCGAGUACCUUGGCCCUCACCCGCUGACUAACAUGCCCUCCUUCUCGGACGGCUCCACCUCCUUCCCGCUCGCUCUGCCCUCGGGCCACUGCCCGAUGAACACGGGCGCACACGCAACUUUCAUUGCAAUGUUCCAGCGCUACUUUUGGAACGCGGAGGCUCGGGCGAGGCUCGCACCCGACAACGAGGUGGCGAGGCGGGCCGAGGCGGAGCUCGCCACGGGCUUUGCCGCGGCGGUGUCGCUGUACGAGCGGGCGCCCGCCAAGUUUGCCGCGGGCUGGUCCGGCAGGGACCUCGCCUUCAUCGACGUCUACCUGACGCGGCUGGUCUUCUGGGGGAUGCUCGGCGUGGACAUUGGCGCCGCCGGCACGCCGGAGUACGAGCUUGCGAUGUGGGCGCAGGACAAGGUGAAUCUGGGCGCGUCCUACUUCACCAUCUACGACGUGGUUCCUUCGCGGCUCGUCUCCCUCCUUGGACUGAACAGGGACAAGCUUCGCCGCCUGCACGAGCUGGUGCAAGGCUGCGACGCGCUCCGCGACUUUGCGCCAGAGUCGUCGACCGACGGGUGGGUCGAUGAGCGCGAGGGGCGGACGGCCCAGAUGCUCGUCGACGACCUGAACGGCGCCUCGCCUCGCCGCGUCUCCAAGGAGGAGUUCGUCGCGCAGCUUGUGCCGGUGCUGAUAAUGGCGGCGCUGCAGGGGCCAAAGACCCUCGGCCGCACCAUCGCCUCGAGCCACUUUGGAGGCAUCCGCACCGGCCGCCUCGCCAGCGCGGAGGAGGAGGCGUACCCGCUCUGCCCUCCACCCGGCUUCGCCUUCCCGUACGGCAGCCGCGCAAAGCUGCAGCUCGUGGUGCUCGAGACGCUGCGUGUCAACCUUCCCGUGUACGAGACGGUCGGCAAGCUGGCGGCGCCUCUCAGCGUCGCAGACUACGCCGGCCGCGGGCCCCAGACCUUCCCAAAGGGCUGCCCCGUCCUGCUGUCGUACCCGUCCACCAGCGCCUCGAGCGAGGUGUACGGCGACAGCGCCCUCACUUUUGACCCGACUGCGCACGCGGGCGGCCUCCAGGAGAGGCUCAACGGGUUCAACGGCGUCGGAACCGCCGGGCGACGCCUCUGCCCCGGGCGGGACCUCUCGCUCGAGAUGCUCGUCAGCAUGCUCGAAGUGUUUGGCCGAGUGCAGCGGCGACAGGCCGCAGCCAGUGCUGCUUGAGCUGACCGCACCGCGGCGCGACACGGACCGUGCGCCCCACACGUUUUGCCCACUGGGGUCGCCGACGCGGCGCUGUGCGCCUGUGCCUGUGCGCUGACGAUCUGUGCUGUGCCUGUGGGCGAGGGCUGUCGGCUGUGGGGUGUGGGCGUGUGGCCCGACACACAACGGCGGGGCGCCCGUGAGGCGAUGUGUGACACAGGCGGUGCCACGCAAAACGCAGGAAGGGCUCGUAUUUCUUAUGUUUGUACACUGCUGGCACGUCCCGAACCCCCGCGCACGCGGCACACGACUGCUCUUCCUCGGCGCCUCUUGCCCCAGGCAAGGCUUUUGCGAGAGCGCCGACUCAUUUGCAGCUGCCACGGCGCGGGACGGGCAUCCAAGAAGGCGGCAUUCACGCCUCACGGGCACUACUCAAACUCCUCCUUGAACAUCUGCAGCCGCUCGAUCAUCUCUGGCCUCGCGGGCCAGCGGUACUUGCGGUAGAGGUCGCGCUGUGCCACGUUCGCCACCUCAAUCUUCUGCUUGGCCGCCGUGAUCUUGACGCGAGAGCUGCUGCAGACCUCGGCCUUCACCUCGGCGUCCGGGAACACUUCCUGCGGGGCGAGGGCGGCACGGUGAGGCCCCGGGGGCGAGGGCGGCACGGUGAGGCCCCGGGGUGCCGCGCAGGAAGGAGGAUGGCUGCCGCGCGCGCUCCUUGACGGCAGCAAUCGCGACGUCGCGCUCCUGCCGUCCCCCGUCUCAGCUGUGCCCGUACGAGACGACAAACUCAUGCGGACAGGUGGCCAUUGUGCACUGGUGGCGAACUGGCGAUGCGAGCGAUCUG